AUGACUGAAAAGCUAUUCAGAAAUGCAGUCAAGAUCAUAUCUGAUGCUGAUGUCGAGUUUCCUUCACUUUUAAAAAACAAGUCGAUUAUUGACAAUCGAUCUGUUGAUGCUGACAGUUGCUCAUCACUUGCUGCGUCAAUCUACAACGGCUAUUCGAUCGAUCUUUUGACUAACCGUACACACUCCUGCCUUUUCUACAGCCUCUCUUCUCUUGAAUAG